UCCACCACCUACAAGCUACACAUUCCACAUAAGCCAACGCCCAACGGCUUCUCUUCCUUCUUGAUUGUCUUCUCGAUUUGGGGCGAAAGAUGAAGGAAAGCUGCGCGGCGUUCUUUCGAGGAAGAACGUUGCACGGAUGGAUUGAUCCAGCAGCUGCAUGCAUUGGAUCUCAACACACAGAGCGACGGAACGAUCCGUUCCUAUCUUCUUCUUCCCUCUUUUAAUCCACCCGAUCUCUUCCUUAAGGGCUGAUUCAUGAAGAAGGAAGGAGUCCUUUAGAUGACUACUCGUACAUCUUGGUUUCGCCUGUAUCUGCUUCCUCCUGGUGAUUUGAGCUAUUGAGGUUUAAGUUCGGUGCAAAGGACUGCAUGGCGAUGCCAGAGCAAAGAGAGGUGAUCAAGAGGUUGAGAUUGUAUCAAGCUUGGAAGGGAAACAAUAUAUUCUUUUGUGGUGGAAGAUUAAUAUUUGGCCCAGAUGUUGCUUCAUUAUUCUUAACAACAAUUCUAAUAGCUGGUCCAGCAAUAACAUUCUGCAUCGAUAUAAUCUUGAAAAUGAACAAGGAUGAGAAGCAACCCAGUACGAUCCUUGGAUUUCCAGUUCUGAUACUGACAUUGCUGAUGACAAUUGCUGACUUGACCUUUUUGUUCAUGACGUCCAGUCGAGACCCAGGUAUUGUGCAAAGGAACACAAGGCCACUGGAUGGCAAUGAAGCAUACAAUGCCACAACUCCAUCCAUGGAGUGGAUCAGUGGAAGAGCACCUCGUCUACGGUUGCCUAGAACAAAGGAUGUCAUUGUGAAUGGCUUUGUCCUCAAAGUGAAGUAUUGUGAUACUUGCAUGUUGUACCGGCCACCCCGCGCCUCACAUUGCUCGAUCUGCAACAAUUGUGUGAAGAAGUUCGAUCAUCAUUGCCCAUGGGUUGGUCAGUGCAUUGGACUACGAAACUAUCGGUUCUUCAGUUUAUUUAUAUCGACGUCUACAUUUCUCUGCAUUUUCAUCUUCAUCUUCUCCUGGCUGAACAUUAUUGAUCAAAGGAAGCACUAUGGAAACUCGACGUGGAAGUCCAUGAAACAUGAGGUGAUGUCAUUGGUUCUCAUAGUGUACAUUUUCAUCAUGGUGUGGUUCGUUGGCGGGCUUUCUGUUCUCCAUUGCUAUCUAAUGAGCACAAAUCAGACAACCUAUGAAAACUUCCGAUAUCGAUACGAUAAGAAAGACAACCCCCACAACAACGGCUACUGGAGAAAUUUCAAAGAGGUUUUUUUCUCAAAGAUCCCACCUUCAGAGCAUGAUUUUAGAUCAUUUAUAGAUGAGGAAACGAUAGAAGUUGGACCUUACACCCCAAACAUUGGCAUGAACAUAACGAGCAUGAAAGAGAAGUUUGGCAUAGAGAUGGGCAAUAAAUUUGCAGUGUGCGACAAUAUGACCAUUCCAAGUAUACUACAGAAUCUGGACUACAGUAGCAUUGAGGAUAACGAAGAUGUCAAGGAUCAAACCGACAACAAUGCAUUCGAUCCUCUUGGUAUUCAUUUUUCUCAAAAGUGUCAUUGUUGUUCACCAAGGCAUUCGGCUUCAAAAAGCUGCGGUAGCGAAAAUGAAGCGUCUGGUAAUGAAAGGGCAGCUAAGGAAGCUCCUGAAGCUGUCAAUGAUGAAAGAACUACCAAUCAAAGAUACUCAAACAUGGUAUAAACUUCGCCUGAUGAUGAUAUGCUAUCAACUAGAAUUCAACACGGGGCAAGGAUCAAUUCUGCAUCUCUCUUUCUCAUAACUAGUCAUAAUCCAUUUAUUGAUUCAGGUUUAGCUUGAGUUCAGAUAAGUGAAAUUCGGUUUCCCACCUAUACUCUUCUGCAGCCUAUCGAGCUUUGAUUCAUGGAGAUGCCUCAUUCAUGCAAAGUAAAAUAGAAAGAGAAUCAUUUCAGUUUAACUCCAAAAUUGUUUAGAAUUGCAUCAUAUACAAGUUUGCAAGUGUGAGAUGGUUUCAGGAGAGUCGUAAAAAAAAAAAUGCUUAGAUGGCACCUGAGAGUUCUGUGUAUAUCGUGGAACUUUGACCGUGUUGCUUUUGCAUAUUUAUAAAGUAUUGCAAUGUUUAUGUAUCAAAAAGGUUGAA